GGGCCUCGGACGGCGGGGUGACUCAAAAGAGAAAGUUGGAGCUCCAUUCAGGCCGACGGUCUGGUUCCUGAUCGCCUUGCUGCUCCCUCCUCUCCUCCAUCAACACCUAUCCACACACCUUUGACCAUGGCGGACUCCGAAUUGCCCACUCGGCCCAAGCCCGAAGAAACCCCCGCCGCUGCGGCCGCCCCCGCCGAGGGUGCCGAGACCAGCAAGAGCGCCAGCAAGAACGCCGCGAAGAAGGCCGCAAAGGAGAAGGCCAAGGCUGAGAAGGCUGCUGCUCGUGCUGCCCAGGAGAAGGCUCAGGCUGCUGCUGCCGCUGCCGACGACACCGCCAAGGACCUGUAUGGCAAGCUUCCCGAGUCCGAAGAUGUCAUCGCCGCGACGAGAUUCUCCGACAUUUCCGACGAGCACUACGAGAAGGAGGUUACCCUGGUGGCUCGCGUCGACAAUGCCCGUGUGCAGAGUGCCAAGCUGGCUUUCCUGAUGCUGAGACAGCAGGGUCAGAAGCUUCAGGCUGUCAUUGCUCUUGCGGAGCCCAUCUCCCGUCAGAUGAUCAAGUACACUGGUGGAUUGAACGUCAACUCCAUUGUCCAGGUCACCGGUAUUAUCAAGAAGCCUGCCGUGCCCAUCUCGUCGGCUACCCUUAGCAACCACGAAAUCCACAUUCGCAAGGUCUACAUGAUCUCCGAGGCCGCCCAGAUGCUCCCUAUGCAGGUCAAGGAUGCUGAGAGACCGCCCCCGGAGACCAGCGAGGAGGGAUUCGAGGUUGGUGAGGAUGGCGCUCCCAUCGUCACUCUCAAGACCCGUCUCGACAACCGGGUCCUUGAUCUCCAGACCGAAACCAGUCAGGCUAUCACCUGGAUCUCCAGCGGUGUGGCUGAACUGUUCGCCGAAUACAUGAUCAAGAGCGGUUCGCGGUGGAUCUUCACCCCCAAGCUGGUGGGUGCGGCUACCGAGGGUGGUAGCAACGUCUUUGAGGUCAAGUACUUCAAGAAGAACGCCUACCUGGCCCAGAGUCCCCAGCUGUACAAGCAGAUGUGCAUUGCUGGUGACAUGGAGAGUGUUUUCGAAAUCGCUCCCGUCUUCCGUGCUGAAGACAGCAACACCCACAGACACUUGACUGAGUUCGCUGGUCUCGAUUUCGAGAAGACUUUCCGCGGCCACUACCACGAGGUCUUGGAGUUCGCCGAGAACCUCCUCGUCUUCAUCCUCUCCCAGCUCAAGGAGCGCUACGCUGACAAGAUCGCCAUUAUCCAGAAGUCCUACCCCAAGGCGGGUGACUUCAAGCUCCCCAAGGAUGGCAAGGCCCUCCGCCUGAACUACAUGGACGGUGUUGCUAUGCUGAAGGAGGCUGGUGUUGACGUCUCCGAGCAGGAGCGCUUCGAGAAUGACUUCACCACCGCGAUGGAGAAGCAGCUCGGACAGAUCAUCCGCGACAAGUAUGACACCGAUUUCUACGUCCUCGACAAGUUCCCGAUGGCCGUCCGUCCUUUCUACACCAAGGCCUGCCCUCAGGACCCCCGCUUCUCCAACUCGUAUGACUUCUUCAUGCGUGGUGAGGAGAUCAUGUCCGGUGCCCAGCGUAUCAACGACAUCAAGGAGCUGGAGGAGUCGAUGGUCGCCAAGGGCCUCAACCCCAACCAGGAGGGUUUCGAGGACUACUUGUCUGCUUUCCGCCAGGGCUGUCCUCCCCACGCCGGUGGUGGUCUGGGUCUGAACCGCAUUGUCAUGUUCUUCCUGGGUCUGCCUAACGUUCGUCUGGCGUCCCUGUUCCCCCGUGACCCCCAGCGUCUCCGCCCUUAAGCGGGUGGCUAGAGCUGCAAUAGAUUACAAGACCUGUAUCUGGAUACAAAAGAAUAUAAUGGAGCGACGAAUUGAAUGUUUAGCGUUGUUAAGGUAUGAAUUUAGCAGUCAU